AUGUCUGCAAGUGGAGGACUGUCAAGAGAAGAAUUCUUGGUGCUCCAAGAACAACUUAUCGCGCUGCGCAAUAGAAAUUAUGAGCUGCAGGAAUGUUUGCAGAAGAAGAAUCAGGAAAUCGCUCAGCUUUCCUCUCCCAAAUCUGAAGCACUGCAAUUUGCCAGCAAGCUCAUGAAUCGGCGAGAUAAAGAAAAAGAGCUUGCGCAGAAGUACGAAGGAGAAUUGGAUGCGCUUAGGGUAAAACUAACCACUCAAGAGGAGGAAUUUCGCUUGCAGCAGGAGACACUCAUAUCCGAGUUGAACAAAGUAAGUACUUCGUUAUGCUCAAUCUGAAU